AAGAUCUUUCCCCUUUUAUUUAUUUAUUUUUUUAGUUUCUCUAAUUUAUGGAGGAACCAUAAAGCCCAAGCCCAAGCUCUCUGUUUUUAUAUAUUGCCAGCACUCUCUGCCUCCUCUCCCAAGUGCCAGUCCUCUGUCAUGGAAGAACCAGUGGUUUCAGAGUGUGAAGUUCAUACCUCCUCCCCUUCUUCAUCUUCCAUCAUCAGCAGCACCACCACCAUCAACUCCGCCACCACCACCACAACCACCACCACCGCAACCUCUGCCGCUUCCUCAACCGCCAGCAACACAGAAUUGGAGCAAAAUCAGAACAAGGCAGCAGAAGUGAAGAAGACCCAGAAAGGUUCAGGGAAAGUGCAAGAAGCAACAAGUGGAAAUGAGAGCAAGAAACGCCAUAAGAGUGGAAGUGACGGUAAGCACCCGACCUAUCGCGGCGUUAGGAUGCGUAAUUGGGGCAAAUGGGUAUCUGAAAUCCGAGAACCCAGAAAGAAAUCAAGGAUCUGGCUUGGAACAUUUCCAACUCCAGAAAUGGCGGCUCGAGCCCACGAUGUAGCCGCUCUCACAAUUAAAGGUAAUUCAGCCUACCUCAACUUCCCUGAGCUUGCUCAAGACCUUCCUCGUCCUGCCACCACUUCUCCUAAGGACAUCCAGGCAGCCGCCGCCAAGGCUGCAGCCACUGAAUUCACAUUAAAUCCGAGAAGCCAUGAUGUAGCCGAAGAAGAGCCGAGCCAACCCGAGCUGACAAUCUCCCACUCCCACUCCCCUACUUCUACUACAACAUCAGAAGACACUCAAGAAUCCUCAUGGUCUCCAUCCAUGGAAGAUGAUGAGACAUUGUUCAAUGACCUGCCGGACCUCCUUAUUGACCUCACCGCCACCACUGCCACCGCCACCGCCACCGCCGGCGAUACAAGUGAUGGUUUCGGGCUCAAUUUUUCAUGGUUAAGUCCCGGCGGAGGAGACUUCGGAUUCCGGCUGGAGGAACCGUUCUUGUGGGAGUACUACUAGUGAAGAAAGUAGUGCGACACAUAUUUGUGUGAAUGUACAACACUAACUUUCGGAAUUUACCAGAAUUUGAGUGCCAUACUUAGUUCUCUAAACAGAAAGAAACCCAAUUGAGGGAAUUGACAUUUGAAUCUUUUGGAUUUGGGUUUGUUAUUUUUGCUAAUUCAGUACUCAAUUCUCCACCUUUUCUUCAGGAUUUGCAGGGACUAGAAAAAAGAGUGGGUGGGAGAAGGGAGUUGUAGUCUGUACGUAGUUCCAUUGUCUCACUUCGCUAACAUGCGCCCUGAAGGUGACUGGGUCCUUUUACCCUUCACCUUUUUAUAGUUACAUUAAUAACAAUCACAAGUUCACAAGUUCCA